AGAGUACAUCAAGUAACCUCUUGACUCCAAGAGAGAAGUCUUAAUACACACAAAAACUCAUCCUUUUUGAUAAAUAGAUAAAUCUGGGAUUGGCCAUGACCUCUGCUCUUAAGGGGGGUCUGUGUAAGGUGAACAGCACCAGCUGCUGUUUUCAUAUACCUGACAACUCCUUAUAUCUAGAAAAAUAACUUGGUAAUAUAGAGAAGCUUACACAUUAAAUUCAAGCAUAUACAUUUCUUUUAACUUCUCAUUAGAGUUCUAAAGGUUUACAGUAUGAGCACAUUUAGCCACACCCCUCCGCCCUUCACCCGUUUCAAAUCCAAACGGUGUCAAGGGCCUGAAUUCCCUGUCCAUCCACAUGGUAUGAGUUAAUCGUGUUCGAAGGCAUAAAAUGCCACUAUGUGUUUUGUGCCUUUUGGGUUAGGAUCUCAUCAAUAGUCUCUCCCAACACCAGAUAUGACCUUUAGUGACAAUGCAUCAACAGUGACAUGGUUUACUCUUUCUGGGUUUGAUAAGAUGAUGGAACACAGAGCCACGUUCUUCUCUCUAACUUUACUGUGUUACUGUGUGAUUAUACUAGUAAAUUUUGCCCUCAUUUUGACGAUAGUCCUGGAUAAAAACCUCCAUCAGCCCAUGUACAUCUUCCUGUGUAACUUGUGCAUCAGUGGCCUGUUUGGGACUGCAGGAUUUUAUCCUAAAUUCCUUUUUGAUUUACUGUGUCAUCUGCAGGUUAUCUCUCAUGCAGGAUGUAUUAUCCAAACUUUUGUUAUUUAUUCUUCUUCCUGUGCAGAUGUUGUUAUUCUAGCAGUGAUGGCUUAUGACAGGUAUGUGGCAAUCUGUACACCACUGGAGUAUCACUCUGUUAUGACUAAACAGAGGAUCACUGUGUUAGUCUAUUAUCCCUGGCUCUCUGUUUUCUUUAUAUUGACUGUUUCUGCUAUAUUAACAAGCAAACUGAGGUUAUGUGGAUCACUCAUAGAGAAGCUCUACUGUGCAAACUGGUCUAUUGUUAAACUUUCCUGCUCUUCAAUUACAGCAAAUAAUAUAAUAGGGUAUAUUGCUAUUCUUUUCUAUGUUGCACAUAUAAUAUUAAUUUUUUGUUCAUAUGCAUAUCUUAUCAGUUCAUGUUUGAAGUCAAUUGAAAAGAGGGGAAAGUUUAUGCAGACCUGCAUGCCUCAUUUACUGUCCUUAAUUAAUGUAGCAGUUGCUCUGCUGUUUGAUGUUUUGUACAGUAGAUAUGGUUCUGCGGACACAUCACAAAACUUUCAGAAUUUCAUGGCGGUACAAUUUUUAGUUAUUCCUCCAAUUCUAAACCCGCUUGUUUAUGGUCUGAAACUGAAGCAGAUUAGAAACCAAAUUUUGAGUUUCUGUAUGAAAAGCACAAGAAAGAAAAAGUCUUUAAUGUAA